GUCGCCGGAAAUGCCGUAAGGCAGGGACUAAGUCCCGGCAGGAGGCCGGGGAGCACUUCCUGCUCGGGACGCGGCUCAGAGUGUGGGUAGUGUGUACAGUGUCUAGGGCUUCAGGAGACCUGGUGAAUCAGUGUGGCGGCCCAAGGCUUCGGAUUGUAGAACCAGGACUAAGAAGAGUGGAUUCCAAACCAUGGCAGUUCCUGAAAGGGAAUCUUAUCCAGUGAUGUCCAGAUUUCUAAAAGAUACCCCACAGGGAUUGAAAUGUCAUGAAUCUCACAAAAGUGAGGAAGGUCUAGAGAUACAGAAAGAUUCCUUGAUUGGGACAGUUUUUGACAAGAAAGUUCCUAAAGGGGAAAAAGAUUUCAGUGCAAGCUCAAAUCUUGGUCCACAGCAGAGUACUACAGGACAACUUCAUAAAUGUAACACAUGUCGCAAAAGUUUCAAAUGUUAUGCAGAUGUUAUUAAGCAUCAAAGAUUUCAUACUGCAGAAAAACCCUAUGAAUGUGGGGAAUGUGGGAAAACCUUUAGCCAGAGCUCAGAUGUUAUCAAACAUCAUAGGAUUCAUUCUGGAGAGAAACCUUAUGAAUGUAGUGACUGUGGGAAGGCUUUUAUUCACAGCUCACAUGUAGUUAGACAUCAGAGAAUUCACAGUGGAGAGAAACCCUAUAAAUGCAAUGAAUGCGGCAAAGCCUUCAGCCAGGGUUCCAAUCUGAUACGUCAUAAGAGAAUUCAUACUGGUGAGAAGCCCUAUGAAUGUAAUGAAUGUGGCAAAGCUUUUAAUCAGUGUUCAUUACUUAUUGAACACGAGAGAAUUCACACUGGAGAAAAACCAUAUGAAUGUAAGGAAUGUGGUAAAACUUUCAGUCGAUGCUCAGGUUUUAUAACUCAUCAGAGGGUUCAUACUGGUGAGAAACCUUAUGAAUGUAAUGAAUGUGGGAAAACUUUCAGUCGAAGUUCAGAUAUUAUUAAUCAUCAGAGAAUUCAUACUGGAGAAAAGCCCUAUGUAUGUAAAGAAUGUGGAAAAGCCUUCCGAGGUUGGUCAACCUUUGUUCAACACCAGAGAAUUCAUACAGGGGAAAAGCCCUAUGAAUGCAAUGAAUGUGGGAAAACCUUUAUCCGGAGAACCCAGCUUACCAAACACCAGAGAAUUCACACCAGAGAUAAGCCUCAUAAAUGUGAGUUCUGUGGGAAAAAGUUCAAAUACCACUCAGAUAUUAUUAAACAUUGGAGAAUUCACACCAGAGAAAAACCCUAUGAAUGUGAGGAAUGUGGGAAGUCCUUCAGCCAGAGCUCAGAUGUGAUUAAACACCAUAGGAUUCAUUCUGGAGAAAAACCCUACGAAUGCAGUGACUGUGGGAAGACAUUUAUUCACAGUUCACAUGUAGUUAGACAUCAGAGAAUUCAUAAUGGAGAGAAACCUUAUGAAUGCAAAGAAUGUGGCAAAGCUUUCAGCCAGAGCUCAAACCUCAUUCGUCACCAGAGAAUUCACACUGGAGAGAAACCUUAUGAAUGUAAUGAAUGUGGGAAAACUUUCAGUCAGAGUUCUGAUGCUAUUAAACACCAGAGAAUUCACACUGGAGAGAAACCUUAUGAAUGUAAUGAAUGUGGGAAAACUUUCAUCCAUAGUUCAAAUGUUGUUAGACAUCAAAGAAUACAUCAUGGAGAGAAUCCCUAUAAAUGUAGAGAAUGUGGCAAAGCCUUCAGGCAGAGCUCCAAUCUCAUUCGGCAUCAGAGAAUUCACACAGGAGAAAGACCCUAUGAGUGUAAUGCAUGUGGGAAGGCUUUCAAUCAGUCUGAACUACUUGCUAAACACCAGAGGAUUCACACAAGAGUGAAAACAAAAAGAUUAAUAUAAGUGAGAAAAUGCUCAGGCUUAACUCAGAAGUCGCUAAAUACCAGAAGAUUCCUAGUAGAGAGACGAUCUCUUGAGUACAACUGUGGGGAAGUCAUUAGUCAGAGUUCACACAUUCCUCAACAAAACUUUUUUUCAUGUGAAUAUGUAAAGGAAAAUUCAUUAAAUUUUCUGCUUUUUAGUUUUCCAAUUAAAAUGGCCUUACGGACACUGACCCUAUUCAAUUGGUUCUGCCCCAGUAUGUCACCUGUAAAGAGGCAAUUAAUGAAUGCUAAAUUGAUGAUUUAAUUGAAAGCUGUAUGCAAGUCUUCAGGGCCUUUCCCCUCUUUAUUCAGGAUAGAUCAAAGAAAUAAAGAAUUAGGAGGAGCAUGGUUUCAUGGAAGCAAAGGGCACGGAGAACUAAUCACCAGGUUUUACUUCUUCCAUUUAUGCUUCUUGCUGUCGUUUUCUUCUGAGUUGCAUCACAAUUUUCUUUGGAUGAUUGCUAUCUUUACCUAACCAAUUCUCCUAUUCUCAAUCAAUCCUAACCCCCAAUCAUUUUAUUAAUCUGACCCCUUUUUAAUCACAGUCUUGCUCAGAAUCUCCCAGUGGAUUCCCACUGUCUGUAGGAUGUAAACUAAAUGGCUUACAUGGUGUGCAAUUUUAAUUUGUUUCCCUAAAAACUAUGAUUCCCCAGCAAAACUACAAUUCUCAGGACCCCACUCACUUCCUGUUAUGUGCUGAUGUAGACAGGAUAUAAAUUGGGUGGAGGUCUGUCUCUGCCUUUUUUCCCAAAUUCUUGUUGGGAGAUUUGGUGGAGUGGGGAUUUUUGAGCAGAUAGAAAGCUUAGUCACGUGGUUCUGUUUUAUCAGAUAAUAAACUUUAUAAAAUACAAUACUUGAAGUAUUGCACAUGAACUUCAAUCUUACGAUGGUCUUGAAGACCCAUGGUUCUUAUGGCCCACCAUAGCUGUUUCCUUGCCAUCGAUACAUUUUUCAUUUCCGAGUCAUCAUUAUUGCCAUCUGGAACCCCCUCAAGGCCUUCUUCACUCUUGUCCUUGGUUCAAGGCCCACCUGGAUUUCCUAUAUCUUUCAGAAAGUUUUCUCUACCUAUUUCAGUUCACAGUAAUUUUUAAAGUUUCCAAAAAUAGUGUUAAUACCAUGCAUUUGAGCAUGUAAUUAUCUUCCUGUUUGUGUGCAUGUCUUGUCACCCCUUCCUAGACUGGGAGCUCCCCAAGAGCAGAGACUAAGUGUUACACGUGUACUAUAUCCCCAAAAGAACCAACAACAUAGCAGUUGUUUAAUAAAUAUCUGUUGGUUAACUGUUUGGUCAAA